GCGCAGGCGGAAGUCGGUGGAAUGCUGUGGUUCCAGGGAGCUUGGAUACAUUUGUUGCAGAGCAAGGAAAACCCCAGGAAAAGAGGAGAUUCAAGUGGAUACAGAGGGAACCAGCAGUCUCAGCUCCCUCUGCCUUCCCUCCAGUACAGGUAUCAUCUCUCCAUGCACCUUAUCUGUUUUUAACCAAGGAACACUGCACAUCAGCUUUGAGCACUGGUUCCACGUCUGAGCCACUGCUCCCUACUUUAUUCCUGGUGUUCAAUUUUGGAAAGCGCCUCUGGGGAAACGAUGAGCCAAGAGGGUUUUAACUCCGCUGCAGUCCCACUCUGUGCCGAGGAUGUCCAGGGAGAUGGCCGAUGGAAGUCGCUGCACAACCGAUUUGUCCUGGACUGCAAGGACAAAGAGCCCGAUGUCCUUUUCGUAGGGGACUCCAUGGUGCAACUUCUGCAGCAGUACGAGAUCUGGAGGGACUUGUUCUCACCACUGCAUGCACUUAACUUUGGGAUUGGAGGAGAUACCACAAGACAUGUCUUAUGGAGGCUCGAGAAUGGAGAACUAGAAAACAUCAAACCCAAGGUAAUUGUCCUCUGGGUGGGGACCAACAAUCAUGAACAUACAGCUGAGGAAGUAGUUGGUGGGAUCGAGGCUAUUGUACAGCUCAUUAACGUACAGCAACCUCAGGCUAAAGUCGUGGUUUUGGGUCUCCUGCCUCGUGGUGAGAAGCCGAAUCCUUUGCGAGAGAAGAAUGCGGAGGUAAACCUGCUGUUGAAGAGGUCCCUCCUGAAGUUCCCAAAUAUGCAGUUCCUGAAUGUCGACGCAGAGUUCGUACAUUCUGAUGGCACCAUCUCCCAUCACGACAUGUUCGACUACUUGCACCUCACUCAAAUUGGCUACGCCAAAGUCUGCAAACCUGUCUAUGAACUGCUUGUCCAGCUACUGGAGGAGACACCCGAGGAUAAACAAGCCACCCUGGCAUGAUUGGAUCCAAACCCUUAACAUGUCAUCACCACCUCUUUCAACUGGGAUCUGACCAGCGCUGCAUAUAGAAUCCUGCAACACUCCUGCCUGGAAUGUCUUGAGUAAAGGCACCUUGAUUUCUUUCAAUAUUUGAAAUGCAGGGUUAUCUGUGAAGUGGACGCUGUAUGUUCCAUAGCGAUGCAGUCCAAGCAUUAGGCUACACCUGAAGUACACAGUGCAGCUAAUAUACAUUGUUCUGUUCCUGUUAUUGGGCAUAAUGAAGUCAUUCAUAUUAAACAUAAUUGUGUGUGUCUGCGAUAAUUAGCCAGUGGUCUCCAUAUAUUAGAGAAAAAAAGUCUCCCAUUGAUUUUAUAGCUGAUUUGGAGUAAUGGGAAUCCCUAUUUACACCAACUCACUUUUAAGCAUAGAUAUAGCAGCCACAGAAAUUAGAAUAUUGCUAGUUAUACGGUACAGAUAUUCUUUUUACAAAAUAUGAUGCAUGUACAGAUGUUUCCACCACUUGGAGUUCUUCUCCAGUACUUUGUAAAUACUGCAUUGGGGAGCUGUGGAGACCUCUAGUGGUAGUGGGAGUGUAGUACGUGUUGUCUUUUCACCAUUUUGGGUUCACUAUUGGUGAAUGUGGUUGACAUGUUGCCUCCAUUCUAUAGCUUUACAUGACUUUGGAAAUCUUUAGUAUAACUUGCUAUGUUUGAAUUAGAAAGGCAAACUGUUCCCAUGGUUGCCCAUCACCAUGUUAAAGCUGUUUUGCCACCGUUUUCUUCAACUAGAUUCAGUAACCUAGCACAAAGUGCUUCUAGAGUGCAACACAAAGGGGAGUCUUCAUUCAGUUUUGAUUGUUGUUUCAUUUGAUCUCUUUCCACCUUUUUCUAUGCUUUGUUUCACUGAACUUACAAUGUUUGGAAGAAUUGGGUGGGUGAGCAAACGAACUGUAUCUGUCUUGCUGCCUUUGUGACAUGACUGUACCUUCAUAAUGUUAUUUACCACAGGAUCAGAAUUGCAUGUACAGCUUUGCAGUUAAGGGCUGCCAUUCCUUAUGUAAAAUUUCCCACUCUCCUCCUAUGACAUUUCUUUAACUGCCACAUCACGGAGGCCCGGCUUACACAGGGUAGAGAUUCCUGAUAACAUCCGCCUGUCCUUUAGCGUCAUAUAACUUUGUUACAGCAACUCCGUGCAGUCAAUUAUUUAAGCAUUCAACAGUACACCAAAGAAAUGAAAAACAUUUCCAGUAAUUAGAAGGGAGGUUGGACUUGGCCAUUGAUGUUUACUUUUCUGCUGAAUGGAAGCAUUUGUGUUGCAUCCUCUACUGAACCUGGACUGCGGGUCAUGACACCUGCUGCUGAAUAGGACCAGCCUUGCCUGGCUUGUGACCAGGUUCACUGUGAAACCAGUGUCACAAGGAAAGGGACAUAGUUUAUUAACAUCCUGCCAGAUAUAAAGUACCGCUGUCUGUGUGAGAUUGUUUCUGUGACGUUCCCUGCUGAGGGAAGCUUAAAAAUAGGUCAAUGAGGGAAAAUUCUGCGUGAGGACAUUUCAUAUAGUCUGUUUUAAUAAAUCUGUAAAACCUGCUUCUACAACUCGCGUACUUGCAGGAGCAGCUUAUCUUUUAUUUGUACCGGUUUUGAAGAUUUUUUAAGUUUAUAACUUGAAAUCAUUUAUCUCAAUUCUGCCAGGAAAUGUGUAUUUAAAGCAGGCAAAGUGGGUGCCUUGUACCCAGAUUACCAUCUGCACCGCACUUUUUUAGCGUUAGCCAAAGGGCAAGUAAUGGCAGUACGUGAAGGGAAGGGAGGGAGAGGAAUCACUACACUGAUCGGCAUUUGAGUAGAGAUGAGUGAGCAAGAGUUGAACCCAUGUCGUCUUGUUCCAUACCAAUGGCCCUAACACAGGAUUAUUACUGCACCCAAAUUUUACUUUCCAAGAACUUUUAACAAGUUAUACAAGUGACCUCCUCUGUUUGAACUCCCUUCUUGUUCCCUCAAUUGUGCCUUUAAUGAACAUUGGACCAUACACAUGGCAGCAGCCACAUCAUCUCAUUCACAGGUAGCUGGAGAAUAACAUAGACAGCCAGCAGAGUCUGAAGUAACCAUUGUAUUGCUCUUCACUGUGAUGUACCUUUUAUUAAUCUCUUAGCCACUAGUUUGUCAUCAGCUUCGAACACUAAUUCUGUACCAUUUAAUGACUUGUCUCACAGUGAUUUAGAUGAGUCCCUCUUGGCUGUAUUUAGCUCAGUGCUUGCCCUUGAUAUUAAGCAGAAUGGAACCCAACAACACCCACACUUAAUAUGAUUAAAGAACCAGGACGGGGAUCGUAAUGUGGGGAACAUGAAAGCAAUUCGGUCUUAGAACAAAAUUGUAAGAGAGGAGUAACUAUUGGCCAAAGUAGUGGAGCUUUCCCUGUGUAAAUACAAUCAGACUGGAGUUGUGUGAAAAAUGUGAUUCACGUCAGUUAUUUCUUUUUAGAUAAAUUUUGAGAAAUUUCUUGAAUUUUCCAUUUAAAUCCUGAUUUGGGUAUUAUCCUUUGAACAAAAACAACAGCUGUUCGGAACUUGACAGAGAAACCCUAACCCUAAUAUGUUGCACGGAGUGAAUUGUAGGAUUCUAUAUGCUGCUACAGUGAUGCCACUCGACAGAAAUGUAGCUACAUUGUUCCAUAUUGAAAUGUACGCAUCAUCAAGUAUUAGCACUGGCUGUUUACUCCAUUUAAUGCUGCACAAAUAGAUACCUGUCUGCAUUCUGAAAUGCCUGCAGUAAUGAUAUGCUGAAUUGAUCUGUUAACCCAGCCGCCUGGAUCUGACACACUGCACUGCACGGGAGCAUUUUUAAUACUUUAAUUUUUUUGUAAAUGUUUUGGAGUUUCCAACCCCUUUUUCAGUUCGUAGGUUGACUUGUUUGGCCUAAUAUUGUGAGUUACAAUAACGAAGGUGGUGCAAUCAGUAGAUCAGUGCCAUCAUCUACUAAUGGGUAGUCACGGUGGAGUUAAUCGCAAGCCUGUUUGUUUCACCCCUCUGGAGAUAUUUGCAGACUGGCAGAGGUGGAGUGCAUGGGACUAAACCCAACACAACGAUGACUGGGUGGUAAGUGACUAUACUGCAAGCUGGGCUAUGUGCCUGAGAUGAUCGAAAGGGAAUUUCUAUUGGAAAAUAGUGUGUAAAACUAGUCAAAUCCAAACACAGUUUGUCCACAAUGUUUUACAGUGGAUCAGGGUUUAUACAUAAUAGCAUUGGAUGGGAACAACACAUUUAGAUUCUGUGAUUGGGAUAUGCAUAGUUAGAAUCCUACACACACUGCAGCAAAUUUAUAUAUUUAAAAAAAACUCUAGUUCAACAAUAGAAAUAAAGUUGGUGCUGUACUUAAUCAGGAACAUAACCCCUAGUAAACAAUCCCUUUCAAUAAAUAACACUUUGGCUAGAUAAGCCCCGUGAAUUUCCUGGGGCCAGUAACUGUGCACCAUAUUUCAAUGGCCUGAACCACUUGGACAUCUUUUAACUCAAGUGAGCUCAUUUUUCCUUUUGCGUGUAAGACCUACACUAGCACUACAACUUCAAAUGUUAUCUUGUAUUACUUGACAUUUCUACACCAUGGAGAGGGUUUUACAUUGGAAUUAUGGUCUGCAGUGACAUUUAUUCUAAGGAGAAAAUCUUGUAACAACUUGCUUGCCUAAAUAAAUAAACUGCGAAAGUUUCAACUGACCAGUUACAAGGCAUUAAAGAACAAGAGAAGGUAAUUUCGGUGAAAGGAGUUAUGUUCCUGAUUAGAUUUAUUUUUCAGAAUGGCUGAAGUCCCAGGUUUUCAGGCAUACAGUCCUCUGAAGGACUGACAUAUGCAUUGAGUGAAUUCUUGCGUGUUGUAAGUUAAGCAUGGGUGGGUGGUAUUUAAUGUAGUGGCUGCCUGUAUCUUAUGCACACCUUCUGCAUCGAAUGUACCUGACAACACUUUAAAACAUAUAUACUACUUCUGCUUUGUUUGCCAUGUUAGCUGUGGGGGAACUAUGACUUUACAGAAGCAGCUGAAAAUCUGCCUCUCUACCCACCUAAAAUUCUCCAGUCAAAUUAUUAGAGCUUCCUACCUGUGACUGAUUCAGCUGCCUGUCCUCAAUGUAGCACAGUGGAACAGUACCCAAGACACAGUGUGUGAAAUGCUUGUCCUGGUCAGGUUAAGUUGAUGCGGCAUAUAACUCUAUGCUCAAUAUAUGGAUGAAAGUAUGAUUCUCCGUUUUUUAAAAAAACUUAUUGUGUAAAGGCUAUGUUUCUACUCUGCUCAUUUCAUUAAGCAGUUCUGUAUUCCAAAAGGUAUCUUCCUAUUCCCCCUCACACCCUAUUAUUGAAGUUUCAUUCAUUUUUUUUAAAAUAGAUAUGUUAUAGAGGGGUUUCUGGAACACGGAACCACAAUGUGUUGACUGUAGGCACACUACAUGUAUUGGAAAAAAAAAAAUCAAAAGGCUUUUUUUGAAAAUGUUUCCUUCAGUCUCAUAUUUUGCUAUUCAGAUAUUGGCAUGUAUGAUCUCAGUGUAAGAUUAUGCUUCCGGAAACACAUUGUAUAGUAAUGCUUGAUAAAACUCUGUGCAGUAGCCAAACACUUGUCUGUUACAUGUAAGAUUGAAGAAAGCAUACAGUACUGUUUACUUGUUUGGAUGACUUGCUGAAUGGUAGUAUAUAUGCUAUUUAAAAAAAAACAAGAAUGUGUAGCUGUUAUCAGACAUCUGACAGCAGUGGUGUGUUGUGCUUAAAUGUACUGUAAUUUAUGCUUUAAUGUACUGUAAUAUUAAAAAUAAGAAAAGUUAAAA